ACCUUGCUUCUCCACCCACCACCCUUUCAGAUCUUUGUCCUGGCUCCGCCUCUCGCCGGCGUUAUAAUGCGCUGGUCUGAAAGUGGUGGAGAGACACAGAACCACAGGGGAAUGGAGAGAUAAUGACAAUAACACUAAUAACCCUAAUAACCCGGCUGCUGCCCGCGUCGCAGCGAGGAGCCAGCCCGGCGUCCCGGCACUGACGGGAGCCGAAGCCGGAGAGAGCGGAGUAACGCCGACGGCCCGAGAGAGCUUCUCCCCGCGCCGGGGGAGCGCCGAACGGUAACAGCGGCAGCGCCCCCGAGAAGAACCGGGCUCGGGCGGACGCGGAGAAGAGCCGGCUCCAGCAGCCGCCCGCCCGUCCUCUCGCACCGGCUCCAGUGGGACCAGCUCGCCCCUCUCCUUCAGCCCCAUGGAGCAGCGAGAGUAAAGAGCGAGAAGGACAAAAAGGGGGGCGAAAAGAGAGCGAGCGCCCCAGUAGAGGAGAAGGAGGUGGAAGCCGGAGGAAUCGGGCGGCAGGGCACCGCCGCCCGUCCUCGGGCGCCCACCGGCCGGAAAGGGGCAGCCCCCUGCCAGCGACCCCGGGCCGGCUGGCUGAGGCGGGCGCGGAGCCCCGCUGCCCUGCUGUGCCCUGCCCGCCUUGCCAGCCGCCGCGGAGCUGUCCAAGCCGGCGCGGGGUCAGAAAGCCCCUGGGUCGCCUCGCCGCCUUCCGCGAGGCCGCGCCGAGGGGCAGGGGUCGCGCCCACCCAGCGGAGCCGCGGGGUGCGGGGGGGCCGCCGGCGCCGCCGCCAUGAAGCUGGAGGUGUUCUCGCAGCACUAUGAGGACAAGCUGAGCGCCGGCAGCGACCAGGAAGGCAGCGGCUCGCUCUCUCCGGCUCCGGCUGACAGCGAGCUGGGCUCCGACGGUGACUGCGCGGCCAACAGCCCGGGCGGCGGGGCCGGGCGAUCGGGGCACCCCCCGCCGCCGCCACGGACGCCGCAGCCGCCGCCACCGCCGGCCGAGAGCGCCAAGGGGAAACCCUACACGCGGCGGCCGAAGCCGCCCUACUCCUACAUCGCGCUCAUUGCUAUGGCCAUCCGGGACUCGGCCGGCGGCCGCCUGACCCUGGCCGAGAUAAACGACUACCUGAUGAGCCGCUUCCCCUUCUUCCGCGGCGCCUACACCGGCUGGCGCAACUCGGUGCGCCACAACCUCUCGCUCAAUGACUGCUUCGUCAAGGUGCUGCGCGACCCGGCGCGGCCCUGGGGCAAGGACAACUACUGGAUGCUCAACCCCAGCAGCGAGUACACCUUCGCCGACGGCGUCUUCCGCCGCCGCCGCAAGCGCCUCAGCCGCGCCGCCCCGCCGCCGCAGCCUGCCCGCUCCGCCGCCGCCUCCUCGCCGCAAGCGCCGCAGGAGGCGGCCAGAGCGGGAGCCGCGUCCCCCGGCGGUUCCCCGCGGUGCUGCUGCGCCUCCUCGCCCUGCAACUGCGCGCCGGGUGCCAAGGAGGCAGCGGUGGGGGGCGGCGGGGCGAGGGCGCCGGGCGGCAGCGCCAAGUUCUCCAGCUCCUUCGCCAUCGAGAGCCUACUCCAGCGGCCGGCAGGACCCCGCGCCGCCCCGCAGCCGCCACCGACACCGCACGCACGCCUCCUCUGGCCGGCGCCGCCCGCGCCCCCGCACCUGCUGCCCGGCCACUACCCGCUGCUUCCCUACCCGCCUGCCGCGCAGCCCCCGCCCGCCACCGCCCUCUACGGCGGCGGCCUCCUGCAGCUCUGCGCAUACGGGCUGGGGGAGCCGUCGCCGCUGCUGCUGGGGGGCGGGCGGCAGGCUCUGUCCCCGGGGGAGCCGCCGCCGGCAGAGCGACCGCGGGUGCCGCUCUUCCCCGCCGCCCUCGUCAAGGGCGGGCGGGGGCCGCCGCCCGGCUCCCCGCUGUACGGGCCCCUCCGGCUGACCGGGCCGCUGCCGCCGGCGGCGGGGGGCUCGGCCUCGUUCCAGCCGUACGCCGUGGAGACCCCCCUGGCUUAAUGGAGCCCCCCUCCUCCCCUGCGAGGGACCUGCCCGGGGAGGCGUGGAGGGGGGAAGGAGGAGGCUCUGAAUCCCGCACUUUAACUCCAGAGGCGACCAAAGCCUCCAAGCAAAAGCCUCGGUGACUGUGCCUUAGUGAAAAGACAGUGGGUUUAACUUAAACCAAAAAAAAAAAAAAGGAAAAAAAAAAAA